AAACCAGAGCCCAGUGGGCUGGAACUGGCCGGAACCUGAGGUGUGAGUAGAGCCGGGGAGAGUGGGAUCCACGUGAAGGGUCGGGCUGAGGGCUUGAGUCAGCCUGAAGAUCGGGGGCUGGGUGAGCUAUCUCCCACCAGCAGCAGCACUUAGGCCACAUUACCCUCUGAGGAAUCCGCAUUUAUCUAAGAUAGUUACCUGUGCAGAGGUCAGUCAAUUUAUUCCUAUUUUCUCUGACAGCUGGGUGAAAGGGACUAAGGGUUUUCUUCUUCUUGAAUAAGAACUCAACAAUGGAGUGGGAAUUAUCUGUGAUUGAUUGCUUGUGUGCGUCAGGAAAACCACACUGGAGCGCUGAGGACACUUGAUCUUGCGGCGUGCAGGGUAGGGAGCCGCCGCCGCCGCCUCCCUGCAAGAUGACUGGCACUGUGCUUGGAGUCGGUGCGGGCGUCUUCAUCUUAGCCCUACUCUGGGUGUCAGUGCUGCUGCUGUGUGUGCUGCUAUCCAGAGUCUCCGGGGCAGCGAGGUUCUCUGUCAUUUUUUUAUUCUUUGGUGCUGUGAUCAUCACAUCAGUUCUGUUGCUCUUCCCGCGAGCUGAUGAAUUCCCAGCCCCAGAGGUGGAAGUUAAGAUUGUGGAUGACUUUUUCAUUGGCCGCUAUGUCCUGCUGGCUUUCCUUAGCGCCAUCUUCCUCGGAAGCCUCUUCUUGGUUUUAAUCCAUCAUAUUCUGGAGCCCAUCUAUGCCAAACCACUGCGCUCCUACUGAACACUCUUCAGGAAAAUGAAAACCUGUUCUCUUCUUCAUUGUGAUAGCACUGAUGAGCAGAAAGGCACUAUUCAGAGCCCUUGUUUUGACAGCCCUCAUGCCUUAAGAUUAGAGGAGUAUCCGUCCAUCACUAAGACACAUCUCUUGAGUCCUGGCUUCCAGAAACAGAACUGCCAAAUUGUCUCUGUGGAGCUAGAUUCUCACCAGCUUACGAAGGCUAUUACUGUCUUUUAAGUACCCGUACCUUAGGAUUUCCAACUGUUUUGAAAGGGAAAUAGUAACGAUGAUCUGCUUAGAGUGGAUUUCCAGCCAAGUCCUUAGUAAGUGGAUUUUGGGGAAAAGACCACAUUGGCUUCUGGUUCUUUUUGAUAAUAUAUAAAAUUUUUCCUUAUGAGGUUUCAGUCAUUUGAAAAGGAGAGGCACGCAAAUUCAAAAGGUUAUUUUAAUGUGAUAAUUUGGAAGACUUGCUCAAAUGUUGGUCAUUGACCACUCUGUGCAUAUAUUUCCGCAGAGCUCUAUAAAGGCAAUGAGUAUCACUUCCCUCUGCUCUAAUAAAGAAUAAACAAUAGCUAAAGAGCUGACUUUCACUU